AUGCGCUUCUCAGCACUCUCGACAUUGACGCUGGCUGGUGUUUCCGUCAGCGCCAAUAAGGGACCCUUCUUCGAACAGAUUAAUGACUCGACCUGGAUCAUCGGAAAUGAUCACUGGAAUCUGACCCAGGGCUCUUUAUACGCAACCAAGCUUUUCUGGGACGGAGUCCCGGGCGCCGAUCUUGUGGGUUCGGCCGCCGGCCACUACGUCGGCUACGACGGCGAGAACAAUCUCAAAUUCACCAACGCCACCAUCGCGUCCCGCGGCACCAACUACAUCGACGUCAGCUUCUCCGCCCCCGCGGGCGACUUCCACUGGGUUAUCUUCGAUGACUUGAGCGGCGCGUACCAGUACUUCGUCAAUCGCGCUCUGCCCGACAUCAGUAUCCUCCGGACGCUGUGGAGACUGGCGCCCGAGUACUUUCCGAAAGGGCGGACGCACGUCAAGGAUGAACCUCUGCCCGACUUCUCGCUGUAUGCGAAUGCGACCAAUGUCCAAGAUGAGACCUGGCAAUUGGCUGAUGGAUCGUUCAUCACCAAGUACGACUGGUCGAAUGCCGUGAGAGACCGUGACUUUUACGGCAUCUAUGGCUCCAAGGCCGGCUCGUGGUACAUCCACCCUACCACGGAGUACUACAACAGCGACCACCUGAGUCAGACUUUGACGAUCCACAGAGAGUCCAAGACUGGAGACUCUGCCCAGCUUAAUGUCGUCCAGGAUACAUCUCACUUUCGGGUUGGCCAGAAGGUUGCUCAGCCGGCGGGCAAAGUCUGGGGGCCUUGGCUAUGGUAUUUGAACAACGGCGACGUCGCCGAUGCUGCGCAGAAGCACAAGGAAGAGGUGAAGCAUGUUCCUUACGACUGGUUCAAGGAUGCUGCCUACCACUCCCGUGGCGGAAUUGAGGGAACCAUCACUCUGUCCGACGGCCGACCAGCUUCCAACGCUGCUGUUUUCCUGGGCGACGCUGACACCACAAUCCGCCCUUCCAUCCAGGGCACGAACUACUACUACACCACUUACACCAACGACAAGGGUCGCUUCUCCUUCAACAACGUUCGCACCGGCUCCUACGCGGUCUACGCCUGGUCCAACGGCAGCAAGCUCGCCGAUGUGUACACCAACUUCACCGCGCCCGUCACCGUCACCAAGGACAAGACCGCGAACCUGGGCCAGCUCUCGUGGAAGGUUCCUCAGAGCAAGCGCAUCUUCCAGGUCGGCGAGUUCGACAAGAAAGCUACUGGGUUCAAGAACGGCGGGUUGCCGUACCAGCACGGCGUGGCGGCCGACAGCCCGGCGAACUUGACUUUCGUCGUCGGCAAGUCCCAAGACUCGGACUGGUAUUUUGCGUCGUCUGCGGUCGGGCAGUGGACUAUUGAGUUCGAUGUUCCCGCCUCGGACCUCGCUGCCAACAAGACUGCCCUUCUUAGCGUGUCGCUGGCGGGAUACUCCCAGAGCGCGGCUUUGGAUGUUGAUGUCAACGGACAAGUAUACGGUUCCUUGACUAAGGACGUUCUGACGAGCGAUCCUGCUCUGUACCGCUCGGGAAAGAUUAGCGGAGAAUGGCGGUUCUUCCAGUACAAGAUCGAUACCGAUGUGGUGAAGGCUGGCAAGAACACCGUUGGUUUCACGGUGACUCGAUACACUCAAUGGAGGGGUUUCCUCUGGGAUAGUAUCAUCUUGGAGUGGAUCUAA